AUGCCUCAAACUAUUCUUAAAAGCUUCCCCAUCACAGAUUGCAAAGAAGAUGAAUAUUACAGACAGGGUUCAGGUGUGCAGAGUUUACUGUGUGGUCUCUUGUGGCAAGACCAGAACAAGGAGCAGAUCCAGAAUGUCUUCAAACGGUUCUUGUUUCAUUACUCUAAGGCGCAGAAUUCUGUGGGCACUGUGGAGAGAGAGUCUCACUCCGUUCACCCUCUGAUGCGCCUCUCACCCAAAUUUACUCUGCGCAGGAAGAAACAGCAGACCUUCUCUAGAAGCUGAAGACUUGCAGUUGCUCAAACAGAUUUCUUCGAGAUGUUAUCUGUCCUUUGAUAGACUGCUCAGUGGGAUUGUAUCACCAAACUGAAU